AUGGAUACACCUGUCAUGUCCUUCUCUACGGUUGACGAAGAUGGGUGUGAAGUAUCAGAGGAGGAUGAUCAUAAGGACGCUGAAGUUGAUUACACACGGAACUAUUGGGAAGACGAGGAUGAUAUCUACCAAGAGUUCGAGGAGUUGGACUUUGAGGCCCUGCCGGAUCACUCGGACACGCGUAGCAUCGCCUCGGACGAUUCUUUCUAUCCCCUCGAUAGUUCUGUCGCCUCUCAAAUGUACCGUUCCCCGAGCCCUGAGAGCCCCGAGCCCAUCUCCUUCUUCAAGGCCUGCUGCGAGAACAACGCCAUCAUCGUCAAGAUUAUGAUCAGACAAGGAGUCACUGAAGAGGAAGUGAGGGAGACAGAUAGGAACAGAAGAUCUGGUCUGAUUAUGGCGUGUUACCAUGGCUACGUGGACGUGGUCAUCGCCCUCUCUUACUGCCCAUAUCUGGAUGUCAACUGGCAGGAUAAUGAGGGCAACACCGCUCUCAUUACUGCAGCACAAGCAGGUCAUAUUUUCAUCUCUAAUUACCUGCUGAACUACUUCCCUGGGCUGGACAUCGAGAGGAGGAACUGUCACGGCUUCACGGCUUUGAUGAAGGCCGCCAUGCAGGGCCGCGCCGAGUGUGUCAGGUCCCUCAUGCUGGCUGGAAGUGAUAUUCAGGCACGGGACAACGGCCGCAGAAUGACACCCAGGGAGUGGGCUCUCUUCACUGGUCGAUACGAGACGGCCUAUCUAAUGCAGCGGCUGAUGUUGAAGCCCUGCGCUGAGCAGUUCUGUGACUCCUUCAGUCGGGAGUGGCCCAUGUUGGAGGAGCUGUUGGCCCAGGCCCAAGAGCGAAAGUCCUGCUGGAGGCGUUUGAUCAACCUUCUCUCCUGCUGCCCCUAUAGGUUUUACAUCAACAACAAGGUAAACCCCGUGGAUGAUGGCGUUCUUGACCACAUGGUCCAGAUCACCACCAGUAUCUCCAGCCCGUUCAUUGCCAUAGCUUGCCGCACAGUGUCUCCGGGCAGCCCACCGUGCGUCGGGAAGCGUCGCCAAGCCGUGCAGGAGAUUCUGAGGAGGCAACGGGUGGCCGAGCUGAAGCGCCUGGGCCCGGACAGACUCAACAACUACAGGAUAUUUUUCCAGAACUCGCGGGUUCUCCUCAUCCCCAAGGCGAGGGAUCGGAGGGCCAGCCUCCAGCCCCAGCUGUUCAGCAACGUGGCCGCAGCGUCCACGGUGGCCAUGAGACGAGCCAGUCUCCUGCCGCUCAACAUGCUGAGGAGAAGCAGCGUGCGGCCGGGCAUCGUGGUGCCCAAAGUGAGGCUCUGCAAAGCCCCGGCUCCAAACUUUACCCCAGAAAAACUCAAGCGGAGCAGUAACCGCAACCAGCUGCAGAUACCCAAGUGGGAUUACAAGAUGAAGAGAAUAGAGAGGAGGAAGGAGGAGGAGAGGCAAAGGCUGUUACUUCUGACAAGGAGGAGGUGA